AUGCGGCCGGCUCAGUGGACCAGGACCAUGUCCAGAAUUGCCAAUCCUGCGAUUAUGCGGACGAGACUUAUCGCCACCCCACCUCUGUCUCAGAAGCUUGGCAUGAGAGAAAUAGCGACUACAACGUCUGGGUUAGGGCGAUACCCGCGUAGAACUGUCACGUUGAACACUGGACACAUUCUGCCUUCAAUUGGGCUGGGGACUUUCCAAGACCCCGACGAGCAGGAAAUGUCCGUCUACACUGCUCUGAAAUGCGGCUACCGACACAUCGACACGGCGCACAACUACGGCACCGAAGAGCAAGUGGGACGUGGCAUCAGACGGAGCGGGGUUCCACGCGAGGAGAUCUUCAUCACGACGAAGCUUUGGUGCAACGCCCACCAUCCCGAUGAUGUCGAGCCCGCCCUCGACGAUUCGCUCAGGGACCUGGGUGUUGACUAUGUCGACCUCUACCUCAUGCAUUACCCUUGCGCCUUCAAGCGUGGCUCUGACUUGAUGCCAUCCCGGCCUGACGGAAAGAUCAUUCCCGAUUCAACUGAUUUUGUCGACACGUGGAAGGCCAUGGAGAAGCUGCUCGAUACCGGUAAAGUCAAGGCAAUCGGUGUGUCCAACUUCAGUCAGCUUGAAAUAGAGCGCAUUUUGAAGGAAGGUAGCGUGGUCCCGGCCAUCCACCAAACGGAGAUGCACCCGUAUCUGCAACAAAAGGAUUUUGUCGAUUGGCAUGAGAGCAAGGGCAUCAAGAUCAUACAAUUCAGUCCUAGCGGUAAUCUCAACGCAUUUUACCGCAACGUGGAGUGGGCCAAGGACAUAGCGAAAAUGACGCGCCUGAUCGACCACCCUGUCCUCCUCGAGAUUGCCAAGAAACAUGAAAAAUCACCCAUUCAGAUUGCUCUAGCCUGGGGUGUCGUCAAUGGACGGUGCUUGAUUCCAAAAAGCACGAUAGAGUGGCAGAUUCGGGAAAACUUGGAGGCCGAUUCUAUCCCGCUCGAUGAGGAAGAUUUGAGCAAAAUCGCGCAGAUGGAUCAGAAAGCAAGGUUCAAUGACCCAAGUGACGUGUUUGGAUACAAGUUGUAUGUUGGGCUCGAGGGGGCUGCUGCUUAA